CUAUUUUGUUUUAGCCUGCGCUAAAUUAAGGCGUUUGUUUAAAGCUCGUAUGGAAUGGACUAUGAUGAUCUUACCAUUGAAGAAAAAGAAAGACUACAAUUCAUUAGGCAGCAGAAGACUCAGGUUAUGAAAAAUAUUGAGUCCUUAAAACUUGAACUUAAUGAAAUAAAUAAUCAGAUUGAAAGUCUUGGAUUUUCUGUUGAUGGAGAGGACCCAUCUGUUAGACGACUUGCUCAUGGCUGCAAGGAGUUCAAUCGGAAUGCCAAAACAGGGUCUAGAAUACCUCUUUGACCAAAAUAUAAUUGGAAGGUCUCCAGAGGAUGUAGCAAAGUUUUUUAUCGAUCAAAACCACAAUUUAUCUAAACAUGCCGUAGGCACAUAUAUUGGAGAGAUUUCUAAAGAAUUUAACAUGAAAGUUUUGGAUGCAUUUUCUAAGUUGCAUAAUUUUAAAGAUGAAGAGUUCCUACCUGCCCUUAGACAAUUUCUGUUUAGUUUUCAAUUGCCUGGUGAGAGUCAAAAGAUCGAUCGCAUUUUAACAAGUUUCUCUGAACGUUAUGUAGAACAGAAUCCUUCCGUUUUUAAUUCGCCACGUAUGUUAACGUAUUGUACAUGUGAUAUCUGUUAUUUUUUAUUGCUGUCUUUUUGGGGGGCUAAUCAGCUAUUCUACCGCAAAAUCAAACGGUCUGGUAGUUUUACUUAGAAUUAUAUUCUAUAAAUUUGUUCGAUUAUGUUUUAAUCUGAUAAAUCGAUUUUUAUUCUAUGAUACAAUCAACUGAUAACUAGCAAUAAUAAUUAAGGACAAUUCUGG